AUGGAUUCAGAACCCCUUUCUGAGCUACAAAGCGGUCGUCGGUCCGGAGAUGACCACCCUAGGACUUCGGAGAACCGAGAGCCCCGGGAAUAUCGGUCUCGUCGAGAAGUGUCCAUAGGGGCUGAGCGGAGGCCACUCCGACAAGGACGGCGGAAACCUCCAGAACGCACAUUUGAGGUAGGCCGUGAAAGCGCGCGCGCGUUCCAGGAAACCACAACCAGCCGAUACACCAGAGUGGAAGAGGCCAUGCCAAACGAGUCAACAUCGGCCAAAAGAGGUCGAACCUUGGAAACCAGAUUACCAAGACAGGGAGGCUAUGCACGCCCAAACAACGGGCCCGAACCGACCAUGAUUGUGCACCGCGCACCGCGACCUCGAGCGAGAUCCCCCUGGCCCCAACGCCGCGAGAAUCGCAAUGUCGAGGAAAGAGCCCCUCGUAUUGACAUUGAAGAGCGAUCACCUAGAAUGCAGCCCCGAAUUAUACAAUAUGGAGUUGGCGGACUCGUGGACUCGGGUACUGAGGUCCUCACUCGGGUCCGGUCUCGUCAGGGCGAUAUACAAAUCCGGGAUGAUAAAUGGGUCGAGACGGAAACGAAUCGCAACACACGGCGCAAUGGAGAACGAGCUGCCCGUCCCUAUGGACCGAAUUGCUGA